CAAUAAGGUAUCAGACCAUCAUGAUAUCCCAGGCUUGGAUGAGCCUGACUGUCUCUCAGAUGUUGGCUUGAUCCAGGUUUCCACAAUGGGGGGCUGUUUGAAAUGGCUGUGGGCACAUCGAAACUAUCUGAUCAUCUUCAUCAUUCCACUUCUCCUCCUGCCCCUACCGCUGGUCAUCAAAACUCCGGAAGCAAAAUGUGGCUUCGUCAUCAUCCUCAUGUCCCUGUACUGGUGCACGGAGUGCAUGCCACUGGCUGUCACCGCACUCCUUCCUGUCAUCCUCUUCCCUGCGAUGGGCAUCAUGGUGUCUGAGGAGGUUUGUGUGCAGUACCUGAAGGACUCCAACAUGCUGUUCAUUGGUGGCCUGCUGGUGGCCAUUGCAGUGGAGUCCUGGGAACUGCACAGGCGCAUCGCCCUUCGCGUGCUGCUGCUGGUGGGAGUCAGACCUGCACUGCUGAUGAUGGGCUUCAUGGGUGUAACAGCCUUCCUGUCUAUGUGGAUCAGCAACACGGCCUCCACAGCCAUGAUGCUGCCCAUCGCACAGGCCGUCCUGCAGCAGCUGAGCGACACAGAGGCCCGGGCCGACGAGCAGGAGCUCAGCCAGUCUGUCCAUGACAACCUGGCCUUCCAGACGGACCUGGUCAUGGAUCAGAAAGUCAGCCUGCAGGACUUGAAAAAAGAUGAGGCGAUGGAGACAGAAGUGGUGGACAGCUUCUCUGAGCAGAAGACGCGGGCCAGAGAGGAGAAGUACUUACAGCUAUCCAAAGGACUGAGUCUCAGUGUGUGCUACGCAGCCAGCAUCGGCGGUACAGCUACACUCACAGGAACCACACCCAACCUCAUCCUCAAGGGCCAAGUGGACGAGCUUUUUCCAGAUAACAAAGACAUAAUCAACUUUGCCAGCUGGUUCGGCUUUGCUUUUCCCAACAUGCUUUGCAUGCUGGUCUUCUCCUGGAUGUGGCUGCAGUUCAUGUUCCUGGGAUUCAACCUGAAGAAAUCUUUUGGCUGUGGCGCAAAGAAUGCAGGAGACAGGGAGGCCUACCAGGUGAUGUGUGAGGAGUACAAGAAGUUGGGCAGGAUGAGCUUCGCAGAAGCGGCUGUCCUCAUCAUCUUCAUCCUGCUGGUGCUACUGUGGUUUACACGGGAGCCUGGAUUUAUCCCUGGCUGGGCUACUGUGCUCUUCAACAUGGACAAGCAGUAUGUCACUGAUGGCACGGUUGCCAUCUUCAUGUCUACACUAUUCUUCAUAAUCCCCUCCAGGCUACCCAGCGCCUCCUGUCUUCGUCACAGUGAUGCUGUCGAUGGUGAUGACAGCAGCAGAAACGGAUGUGAAGGUGAGAGUAUGAAGGUCCCUUCCACCCUGCUAAACUGGCAGGUUGUACAUGAGAAGAUGCCCUGGAACAUCAUCCUGCUGCUGGGAGGGGGCUUUGCUCUGGCCCGGGGCAGCGAGAAGUCUGGCCUGUCCCUGUGGCUGGGGCAGAGUUUGGCCCCCCUGCAACAGGUCCCCCCCUUCGUGAUCUGCCUGCUGCUCUGCCUGCUGGUGGGAACCUUCACAGAAUGUUCCAGCAACUCAGCCACCACCACACUCUUCCUGCCCAUCCUGGCCUCUAUGGCUACUGCCAUACAUCUGAACCCACUCUAUGUCAUGCUGCCCUGCACCAUCUGCGCCUCCAUGGCCUUCAUGCUACCUGUGGCUACUCCACCCAACGCUAUUGCUUUCUCCUAUGGCAAGCUGAAGGUCAUGGACAUGGCCAAGGCUGGCCUUGGGCUCAACGCCAUUGGCGUCAUCAUGAUCAACAUCGCUAUCAACACCUGGGGCACAGCUAUGUUCCACCUGGACGUCUUCCCAUCCUGGGCCAAUGUCACCGUGACGACCCCCUGAGCUUGAAGGACAGAGGGAGGCAAAGAUUAUGGUUCUCAAGAUGGAGUGCGCAGCAGAACUGAUGCUGCUGUCUAAAUGCUCAUGUUGUCUGGUUCUAGAAAACAAUGCCUGCACCUUUAUCACUACUGCUGCAAAUUGGACUACAAACUGGACAUGUAUCUGAAGGAAUCACACUGUUCAGCCUUUGGGUUUGCACUACACAGGGCACAGAGUGCAUUAGGGUAAGAGAAUCAACGUAUCUCUGCCCCGCGACCAUGUGGGCAAUGAGAACAGAGCUUAUUGGGCAGUUCAGUGUUUCAAAUUAAUGUAAAACUCCAUGAAUCUCAUGGUUUAUCUCAUGGUUUAAAAUUGCAUGAAUCUCCUCCUUUAUUUAGUUAAAUAUUAAUAUAAACAUAAAACGCCGGGAAGAGGCACAGUGGUGCAGUGGUUAGCACUGUUGCCUCAUACCUCAGGGACCAAGGUUUGAGUGUCCGCCGUGGGUCCAUGUAUGGAGUUUGCAUGUUCUCCCCGUCGUUGUGGGGUUUUCCACUGGGUACACUGGUUUUCACUGCCCCAAAUACCGAAACAUGCUGAGGUUGUUCGGAGUUGCCAAGUUGCCCAUAGGUGUGCAUGUGUAAAUGGUCUAUGAGUGUGCAAUCGGUGUGUGAAUUUAGGGCACAGGGGGUGCUAUUUGUACACAGCUGGGCUCUCACCAGCAACAAGAUGUUGGCUCCCGCAACCCUGGAUAAGACUCCCAUUUACAGAAAAUGGAAAGAUAAUAUGCUGGUUUAUUUAAAGAAGAAACUGUGUUUGAACAUCAUAUUCUGCAUGAAAUGCAUCAGGGCAAAUACACCAAGAUAUCCGGAAUGGGCCGGAAUAAAAAAUAAGCAGGAAUUACUGCAGCUCAGCCCCCAGCCCCCCCACAGAAUAAAACUAAAAUGCAGUAUUUCAUAUAAGGAGCAAGGAGCAGACACUGGCCAGAGUGAACGAGAAACAAGAGACACUCAUAGGCCUGGAAAUCUACAGUAUCUUGGUUUUUGCCUAAAAUUGGGAGCAGCCCCCCUUGUCCACUGCACCCCAAGGCUGGCUGCGUGCUCCUCUCACGCACGGCCUACCAAGCUGAUUACUUUCUUUACACACUGUAGCCCGUGGAGCCUUAUGACUGGAUGCCGCACAGUGGAACUGCAGUACAUGUUGUCAUGGCAAUGGCUCCGUGAAUGUGAUCACAGCAGGAACACAAAAGCGAAUUCACUGUGUUCCGCUGCAUGACGAUUUCAGCUUUGACUAAUACUUGUGGGCAGACAUAGUAAUGAUGCUCUUCCACAAGGUGGCAGUAUAUCAUUUUAUUCAUUCGCUUAUGUCAAAAUGCUAUUUCCCUACAGUCUUUUGGAUGUGAUAAAUGGCAUUUUGCAGGAUAAGAGUGCUAAAUGUGUAACACCUUCUGCUGAAAGCAGACUUUUUACUAAUAUAGCCCCGCAGAUGAAGGAACAGUUCUGUGUAAUUUCAGGGAAUACGAAAUAAAAACAAGCAAAGACACAAAUGAUUAGUUGGAAAAAAAAAUCACAUUUAUAUAGUUGUUAUACUGGCAUUUGAAUUGUCCAAAACUUGGAAAGAAGCAAAUUAAUCAAAGUAAAGUCAUUUUACAAUAAUCACAUUUUUAAAAUAUAAAUAAAUCUCUUGACAUACAUUAAAUCAUA